CCUUGUUUCCCCCCCCCAUCAGGAUUUCUGCUUCCCAAAGCUUGGGCGGAUGGAGGAGGAGGUUGCGAGGAAGAGGAAGAUGCCGCGGGCCCCCCAGGCAGGUGAGGAGGAAGUCAGUGCCCCUUUGGGUCGGUCUUUUGUGGCCGUCCUGCCGGGGCCGGAGUUGGGGGGAUGUCCUUGGGCUUCCCUGUGGGCCGGAGGCAAAUCCCCUGCCUGUCCUUCCUUCCUGCCCCAGGCCCCGAGGUGAGGCCGGAGAGCGCGGAGGACAAAUCCCGGCGGCAGAGCCUGGUGGGAGAGGCCGUUUUGAAGGGCUCCCCGGCGCAGGAAGGCAGCGGGGAGGAAAAGGGCCAAAGAUGCCCCCGCAGGAGGGGCUGCAAAGCCAGCCCAGGGGGCUGUGAGGAGGAAAGAGCCAGCGUGUGCUGGGAAGGCGACCGGAGCUUGAGGCGGAGCUGCGAGCUGGUGGUCCCUGAGCAGCCUCCCAGCAGAGAGGAGCACUUCAGGUGCUUAGAAUGUGGGAAGAGCUUCAGGACGAGCACCAACCUCCUGAGGCACCAGCACAUCCACAGUGGGGAACGGCCCUACACGUGUAGGGAAUGUGGGAAGAGCUUCAGUGACAGCGCCCACCUGCUCCGACACCAGGUGAUCCACACUGGGGAAAAGCCCUACACGUGUGGGAAAUGUGGGAACAGCUUCAGCCAGAAGUCCUGCCUGAUCCGCCACCAGCUCAUCCACACUGGAGAACAACCUUACACCUGUGGGGAAUGUGGGAAGAACUUCAACCGGAGAUUCAACCUCCGCACUCAUCUGGGCCUGCACUCCAGGGAACGGCCCUACAAGUGCUUGGAAUGUGGGAAGAGCUUCAGCCAGAGCUCUGACCUGAUCCACCACCAGAAGAUCCACAGUGGGGAACGGCCCUACAAGUGCCCGGAAUGUGGAAAGAGGUUUAGAACCAGCUCCCAUCUCCUCAUGCAUGAGCAGACACACACAGGGGAGAGGCCCUUCCGCUGCAGCGACUGCGGGAAGGGCUUCAAACGCAACUCUCACCUCGUCAUCUACCGUCGCAUCCACACCGGGGAGAGGCCCUACAAGUGUGACGAGUGUGAGAGGAGCUUCACCAACAGCUCUGCCUUGAGCUCCCACCAACGGACCCACCAGUAAUGGAAGCCCCGAGUGCCCCGACUGCGGGAAGAGCUUCUGCCGCUGCUCCAACUCCAUCAGCCAUGGGAGGACCCGCGUUGGAUGAUCCACAGGGACCCCCGUUGGGCACAGACCUGGUGACCCACAUUCCUGGAUCAACAUCUGGAUCCUUACGGACAUGGUGCUUUCCAAGGAGAGCAGGACACAGGCAGAGCCAGGAGAACCAGCCUGCAAUCACACAGUGCCACCUGGCAGAGAUGUUGUAGAGCAAAGACUCCCUUCAGGUUGGAAGGAAACUCUGCAUUCAGUGAGCUGCCUGGAGAAUGUGUGCCCACAGCUCUGUUGGAAGCUGACAGCAGGGAAUAACAUUCCCAAGCAGCUGCAUCUCUGCCCGGAAGGAAGGACUGUCUGCAGGUUCAGACACUUCUGAGUUUGACCCUUCAGACCAUAGUGACCCUUUCAGAGACAACGCUGAGGACAAGUGUGUUUGA